UAAACAAGUCGCGAUUAUGUUGUGUAGAGCUAUUUUAUUAUUAUUAUUAUUAUUUCUCGCAACCGUUGUAGCUGCCAAUCACGACAGAUGUACUGCCAAUCAAACGAGAGGUUUGAUUCUUAGCUGCGAAACGUCUUGCGUUAAGUCGCAACACGUCUGCACACUUGGAUCUGCGUGUGUUUGCAAGAACGGACUUUUUAGAGAUCAGAAAACGGGUUUGUGUGUUUUACCUGGCGAGUGUCCACGUAAGAGACAACUAUUUUUGGUUAAUCCUUCUUGCUUUUUCACGUUGUACUUAGUUUUAUCGCAGAUUUUAUCGCAGUAUUUCUGCCAAGUCCCGUUGUAAGCUUUAUCCGAUUUCUUAUGACAGCGAAUAACGUUCGAAGAUUAAUGAUGUCGUACAAAAUUAUGUUAUAGCACCAUUUUGGAUAUGAAAAGACUUUGCACAGAUAAGGCAUUAUUAUACUACUUUGGUUUGGAAAAUCCAUCACGUUUUUUUGUAGAUGACUUUAGUUAAUAAUCGAAAAAUGUUGUAGUAAUUUUUACACGUUUGUUCCAUUAUUACCACUGUGGAUAUAGGAACACGACCGAUGGCCUACAUUUUUUAGCGAAUCAAAUGCUGACCCUUUUGGACUGUGUAAAUUUAUAAUACAGGAAGCGGAGGGUAAUUUUUUUCGGUGUUGAUAAAUGUCUCCACCAUUAUUUAUAACCCGGUGCGUAUAAAAGUAAUCCAGUAAAGUAAAUCGUAGUUAAAAUUGAAUAUGUGGGAUCUAAAUCGAAUCUCCGUGAUUUAUUUCUCCACUGAGGUGGAUAGCGUCUGGUUUAUUUUUAAUUUUACGAUGUACGUGACUAUUAAAAUCGAGGCGAGUGGCAGCCAUGCGACGAAUG